AUGGCACAUAUGCCGUGGUCAAAGGCCCAACACAUCAGCACCGGACAAUAUUAUGCAGUAAAAGUGAUUAAUAAAAAGUUGAUGGAGGGCAGAGAGCACAUGGUUCGUAAUGAAAUCACAAUUUUGAAAAGGAUUUCUCAGGGCCACAAAAACAUUUUGACAUUGCAUGAUUACUUUGAAACCUUAAACAAUCUGUAUUUGGUUACAGAGUUGGCGCAUGGAGGGGAACUUUUCGACCGUAUUUGCGCCAAGGGUAGUUACAAUGAACGCGAUGCGGCUAAUCUCGUAAAGAGCAUAACGGAUGCUGUCGCCUAUCUCCACGAUAAUGGGAUCGUCCAUAGAGACCUUAAGCCAGAGAAUCUUCUCUUCAAAACGACCGAUCAGAGUUCGGAUCUUCUGAUUGCCGACUUCGGAUUGUCCAGAAUCAUUGACUCUGAAACGUUUCAUAUUCUUACCACCACUUGUGGCACUCCGGGCUACAUGGCGCCCGAGAUUUUGAAAAAAUUGGGACACGGCAAACCUGUUGACAUGUGGGCCAUCGGUGUAAUUACUUACUUUUUAUUGUGUGGCUACCCUCCCUUUGAUCAAGAGGGUCCAUUGGAAGAGAUGAACGCCGUUCUUCGAGCGGAAUAUAAAUUUGAGCCUCCUGAAUAUUGGGAAGGAAUAACGCAGACAGCCAAGGAUUUUAUUCAUAAACUGUUGAUCAUCGAUCCAAAUCAUCGUAUGACUGCUCGUCAGGCACUCGAUCACCCAUGGCUACUAGAACCCAUACCAAGUCCCGUUGGUGUAUCUCCUAAUCCUGACUUGUUGCACAGUGUUCGUCAUAAUUUCAAUGCCCGUCGAACGCUUAAGAAAGCAAUAGACGCCAUAAAAGUGAUCAACAAUCUUAAAAGUCAUUCGAGAAAUAAUGGUAUCACUAAUUUGCUAGUUGACGAGCAUGUCGAUCAUGUGUUAUAUGUCGAACAUUAG